GCCCGGCUGCUCCGACCCCCGCCACCGCGCCCUCUCGCCGCCGCACCCCGGCUCGGCCCGCUCCCAACGGAAAGUUGGGCUGCGGCGGGCGGCGUUUGGAAACCGCGAGCAGGCGUGAGAGCCGCUGGGGGGGCGCCUAGGGCACCGGGAGGCGGCGCCGCGCGGGGGCAACUUCUCCCGGGAACCCGCGCCGCCCGCCCCGUGCCUGGAGCCCCCGAGCGGGCUCGCGGUGGUUCCUCCCGUCCCUCGGCCUCCCCCCGCCGAUUCGAGACGCGGACCUUGGUCCCGGCGGCUCCGCGGCGGUGACACGAGCCCGCGCCGCCGCCUCAGCCUCCGCCGCCUCCUCAGCCCCGCUGCCGCCUUUCCCGCACUAUGGAGUUCUCCGAGAGGAAAAGAAGCAGGAAAUCCCAGAGCUUCAAACUGGUGAGCCGAGAUUAUCACCAUGAGGUAUAUAAGAUCUCAGAAUUCAGCAACGAUGUUAAUGGGGAGGCCAAAGAGACACAACCCAUUUUUUUAGGAGAUGAAAGCAUGGAAAUUAAAAAACAAAUUACAGGGAUGAGAAGAUUACUGAAUGACAGCACUGGGAGGAUAUAUCAGCGUGUUGGCAAAGAAGGAGAAAAAUUAAAAGAAGAGCCCCAGGAUUUGGAUUUAGUCUGGCCUCAGCGUUUGAACUCCUCUGCUGAGGCCCCACAGAGCCUCCAUUCUUCUUCACGUGGUGUGUGGAAUGAGCUAUCACCUCAAAGCGGGCAGUUCUCAGGGCAGUAUGGCACCCGUUCUAGAACCUUCCAGAGUCAGCCCCACACCACUGCAAACUCCAACGGAGAACUUCCAAUGGUGAAUUCGUCAGUUGGAUCAAACUGCUGUACUUGUAACUGCCAGUCAACAUUGCAGGCCAUUCUCCAAGAACUCAAGACCAUGAGGAAAUUAAUGCAAAUUCAAGCAGUUGGAACUCAAAACAGACAACAACCCCCAAUUUCCCUUAUAUGCUCCCAGCGAACUGCUGUGUCACGCAAGAGAAAUAAAAAGAAAAAAGUGCCCCCAAGGACAGUUGAACCUGUUACUGUGAAACAGAAGCCCAGUGUGUUAGAAAUUGAGAAGAAGCCAGCAGCAGGGGCCUUGGAGCACUCUGGUCCCCAAGCCUCAGAGCUCACCUCCACCAAGGACAGCCACGUCCUGGGAUUCGGCAUUGUUCUUGAAUCACCUUCCUCAGAUCCAGAAGUGCAACUUGCUGAAGGCUUUGAUGUGUUUAUGCCUAAGUCUCARCUGGACUCUAUACUGUCAAACUACACUCGCUCAGGAAGCCUUCUGUUUAGAAAACUGGUGUGUGCAUUUUUUGAUGACAAGACUUUGGCUAACUCCUUACCCAAUGGGAAGAGGAAAAGAGGACUCAAUGACAACCGGAAAGGACUAGACCAAAAUAUUGUGGGUGCAAUAAAAGUCUUCACAGAAAAGUACUGUACUGCUAACCAUGUGGAUAAACUUCCUGGCCCAAGAGACUGGGUACAGAUUCUACAGGAUCAAAUUAAACUGGCCAGAAGAAGGUUAAAAAGAGGAUCAGCAGAGGUAGCUGACGGUGAUGAAAGACUGGACGGCAUUUCUCUACCACCAACAGGGAAAAAAGCCUGAGGCCCAGAAACAUUAAAUGACUUCCCCAAGGUCUCAAGAGCUGGUUGAUGGCCUGUCCAGAACCCAGGCCCUUCGACUCCCAGCCCUUACACCGUAGAGCUUUCUUAUACUUAAGCCAAAGCCAGCUUUUCUCUGCAUGUUUCUUAAAGAUCCUAAGAGAUGAUGGAUGUACUAAUCCAUUUAGGAUUCCAUUUCAAUGUCUCACAAUCUUCACAGUUAGAAUGUUCAUCAUCAGUGUACCCAAAAUUUGCUGCAGUUUAAACUCAUUUACUUCAGUCCUCUCUCAGUUUUGCCCAAAGCUGUGAGGUUGUAAUGAAGAAAAUAGUAGAACCACCUGCAGGUCUUAUACUAGACUGCUAAUAGAGAUUGGUUACAAAUUGCUAAGCAGCAUGAUAAAUAAAAAUGUUCAUUCUUUAGAAAAGGGGGAAAGAAGUCACAGAUUGGUGCUCAAAUUUUGAAGUAAUAAAAUCAAAGAAUCUUGAUAGUCUAGCAUGUCCUUUGGUUGCCUCUCUAGAGUAAAAUUCCCAGUCUGGUUGGCUUCUUUGAAUGCAGUGCUAUUGCUAAUACCCCUCCUUCCAUGUGCCAUGACAAGACAUCGGGGCAGUGGAGUCCCCCUUCUUGCACAUGUAUCUUCAUCCUCAGAGUGGAGCCUCACUGAUCAGAACCACAGGAGCCCCAAGGGGCUCUGAUACAGACCUUCAUUAUCUUAUUUCCCUGAUCUGGCCACAGCAGGUCCUUGUUAAAGAUUCAGGAAUGGCCUUAUUACCUUUUUAAGAUCUUUUUUUUCCUUCCAAUUGUGUGUUUUAGGAAGAAGUAGGAAAAGGUGGAAAUCCUUUAGGGUUGCUAUGAACCUGAAGUGGCAGGGCAGGGUCAAAUGCUCAAAUGACUUUUGUUUUGACCUACUAUAGUUAAGCAGCCAUUUAUUUGUCUGGCUUUAACAAAAUCAGAUACAGAUUCUGUAGUGGAGAAAUGUGUUUUCAUAAUUUAUUCCCUCUCCACCCGGUUCUAUAAGCCUUUUGGGGUAUACUGGGGAUUGAUCUCAGGAGUACUCAGCCACUGAGCCACA